AUGGGUGAUGAACGAGUUGGUGAGUUGCAUAGUGAUGAACCUUUGGAGCAUGAAUUAACCGACAAUGAUGAAAUAGAUGAGGAUGAUGAUGAUGAUGAUGUGGAUGAUGCACCUAAUGCACCCGUUGAAGAUCAAAGUAUUAAUCAUCAUUCUACAGUGAUUCCAUACUUAGAUCACACUGAAGAAAGUGCAGAAGAUUUUAUCUAUACAAGAGAUGAUGAUUCUAUCCAAACGGCACUUUGGAAUCCGAACAAUCCUAAAUAUAUUCAAUCAGGUAUGCUAUUUAUGAAUAAGAAGCAAAUGAAAUCUGCCGUAAGAGCAUAUAGUCUUGCAAUAAAAAAAGAAUUUCUUUGUGAUCAAUCCAAGAGUAAAAGUUGGAGAGUUAUUUGCAAGCGUCAUGAGUUGGGAUAA